AUGCCUUCCAGUUGGUGACUGGACGUGUGUGGAAGGGGUGUGCAUUUGGUGGUAUCAAGGGUCGCACUCAGCUGCCUGGUCUGGUUAAUAACUACCUAGAUGGUAAGCUCAAAGUGGACGAGUUUAUCACACACAAGGAGUCACUUGCGACUAUAGAUAGUGCCUUUGAGCAUACGAAGAGUGGUGAUUGCAUUCGAUGUGUUGUGGAAAUGAGAUGA